AUGGAGAGUGGAGUUGGGAAGCACUGGACUGAGGAGGAGGUUAAAGCUUUGCUAAGUGUCUGGGCAGAAAAAAACAUAUGGAAACAACUUUGUGGCACACUGAGAAAUAAAGGAAUAUUUAUUUACAUUUCUAAAAGGCUGCAAUCAUUAGGAGUAUAUUGAGAUAAAAAUCUCAAAUAUGAAUACAGAACUGUUAAAUAUGCCCACAACUCUGGAGAUAGCUCUAAAUCUAUGAAGUUCUUCCAUGAACUGGAUGUAAUCCUGCAAUAUGAACCUGCCACACAAUUAACAGAGGAGGAUGCAAACAGCAGGCACCUGGCAAUGCUGAGCCCAAGUACAGCCUCAGAGAUCACUGAAGGUACCUCUACAUCCAUAAUGAAGCCUCUUAAUAAUUCAACUUUUAUCCCAACUGCUGCAAAUGAAGGAGAAAAACACUGGACUAUGCCACAAGUCAGGGCUUUACUAGGCAUCUGGUCAGAUAAAAGCAUACAACAACAACUACAGGGGACAAUGAGAAACAAAAGAUAUUCACAAAUUGCUGCCAAACUUCAGAAAUUUGGAAUAGAGAGACACUGGAAGCGGUGUCGAACGAAGUACAAAAACCUGAAACACGAAUACAAGGUAGUAAGAAUGGCUCAGGACCUAGGCGUGAUUAGGAGUAUGGAAUUCUUUAAGUUGGAUGCUAUUCUGGGACCCAAGACUGAAAAAUCACAAGAACAAGAAUUUCAAGAUGGAGAACAAGCCACAGAAAGUGCUGAUGUAAAAAUGGAAGGAGACCACAUAGAAUUAUUUGAAGGUCAUACCAAAAGCCAAGAAAUUUUUAACAUCAAGAGAAAAGCACAUGAAGAUGAACCAAUGUCUACAUCUCUUAAGAAAACUGCUCUUGGGAUCAGUACAAAAAAGUUUUCUCAAAGCACAAUAUCAGAAUCAAAAUAUUCUACAGAAUGUUUCUUCAGACAGGACACCCAACUUUACCAGCCUCUACCUAGCGUGGUCGCUGCUCCCAGUCCAUUCAGGAUAAUGGCGACAGCUGAAAUACUGAACAUUGGCAAGAAACUCUAUGAGGGUAAAACCAAAGAAGUCUAUGAAUUGGUAGAUAGUCCAGGAAAAGUCCUCCUGCAGUCCAAGGACCAAAUUACAGCAGGAAAUGCAGCUAGAAAGAAUCAUCUGGAAGGAAAAGCUGCAAUCUCCAAUAAAAUUACCAGUUGUAUAUUUCAGUUAUUACAAGAAGCAGUCUUUUCUUUUUAUAACUUUUAAAAUCAAUAUGUAGGUAUCAAAACUGCUUUCACAAGAAAAUAUGGAGAAACAGCUUUCAUUGCGCCCCAGUGUGAAAUGAUUCCAAUUGAAUGGGUUUGUAGAAGAAUAGCAACUGGUUCUUUUCUCAAAAGAAAUCCUGGUGUCAAGGAAGGAUACAAGUUUUACCCACCAAAAGUGGAGAUGUUUUUCAAGGAUGAUGCCAAUAAUGAUCCACAGUGGUCUGAGGAACAGCUAAUUGCUGCAAAACUUUGCUUUGCUGGCGUUGUUAUAGGCCAAACUGAAGUGGAUAUCAUGAGUCAUGCUACACAAGAUUUUGAAAUAUUGGAGAAAUCCUGGUUGCCUCAGAACUGUACACUGGUUGAUAUGAAGAUUGAAUUUGGUGUUGACGUAACCACCAAAGAAAUUGUUCUUGCUGAUGUUAUUGAUAAUGAUUCCUGGAGACUCUGGCCAUCAGGGGAUCGAAGCCAGCAGAAAGACAAACAGUCUUAUCGUGACCUCAAAGAAGUAACUCCUGAAGGGCUCCAGAUGGUAAAGAAAAACUUUGAGUGGGUUGCAGAGAGAGUAGAGUUGCUUCUGAAGUCAGAAAGUCAGUGCAGGGUUGUAGUACUGAUGGGUUCAACUUCUGAUCUCGGCCACUGUGAAAAAAUCAAGAAGGCUUGUGGAAAUUAUGGAAUUCCCUGUGAACUUCGGGUAACAUCUGCCCAUAAAGGACCAGAUGAAACUCUGAGGAUUAAAGCUGAGUAUGAAGGGGAUGGCAUUCCUACUGUAUUUGUGGCAGUGGCAGGUAGAAGCAAUGGUUUGGGCCCAGUGAUGUCUGGUAACACUGCAUAUCCAGUUAUCAGCUGUCCUCCCCUCACACCAGACUGGGGAGCUCAGGAUGUGUGGUCUUCACUUCGAUUACCCAGUGGUCUCGGUUGCUCCACCAUACUUUCUCCAGAAGGAUCAGCUCAGUUUGCAGCUCAGAUAUUUGGAUUAAACAACCAUUUGAUAUGGGCCAAACUGCGAGCAAGCAUAUUGAACACAUGGAUUUUCUUGAAGCAAGCUGACAGGAAAAUCAGAGAAUGCAGUUUAUAAGAAAAAAUUUGUCAUUUCUUUUCUUUUUUUUUUUUUUUUUUUUUUUUUUGUUUUUUAGCAGAAAAAGUACAAAUUUCUAGUUUAGCUGCAGGAAAAAAAAGCAAGAUGAAAAGAUGAUUUUUAAAUCAGAAAACAAAAUUUAUUAGUGAAUAAACACUUCUCUAAGAUUGAAUUAAAAGAUCAACUGUUCACAUUAGUAUUCCUUAAUAGAUAGUGAAAUUAGUGUAGAAAUGUUUUCAGAUUAAUCUCUUACGAUGUGGUCACUGUUAGGUAGAAAUAUAUUUUAUAAAUGCUAAUAAAAUCCUGUUACAAAGCUCUAAAGUUAUUACUUCACCUUCUGUAUUAAAACCUGCAAGUUUUAGAAAGUAUUGAUUAUAUCUUAAGUGUUAAGAGUAACAGUUCUCUUUCAUUUAAUGGGCUUUACAAAUUCUGAGGGCAUGGUUUUUUAUUUAUUCCUCAGAAAAUGAGGUCAUGUACAUGUAUUUCUGCUGGGGUCCAGCCCUAGCAGCAGUCAGGGGUCCUAGAUGGAUGGGAGGCGUCUUGUGGUGGAGAAACAACAAACAGAGACACCAAGUGUUCUGAGGCUGAAUCUGAAUCUUUAUUGUACAGA